AUGAGCUCUCAAAAGGUUUUCGGUAUCACUGGACCUGUAUCAACCGUGGGCGCCACUGCAGCUGAAAAUAAAUUGAAUGAUAGCUUGAUCCAAGAGCUGAAAAAGGAGGGAUCAUUCGAGACAGAACAGGAGACUGCCAAUAGGGUGCAGGUACUGAAAAUAUUGCAGGAACUGGCCCAACGGUUUGUUUAUGAAGUAUCAAAGAAGAAGAAUAUGUCUGAUGGGAUGGCAAGGGAUGCCGGUGGAAAGAUUUUCACCUAUGGUUCCUACAGACUAGGAGUCCAUGGACCCGGUAGUGAUAUUGAUACCUUGGUAGUUGUCCCGAAACAUGUAAUCCGAGAAGAUUUUUUUACCGUAUUUGAUGCACUACUAAGAGAAAGAAAAGAACUGGAUGAAAUUGCACCUGUUCCUGAUGCGUUUGUCCCAAUCAUCAAGAUAAAAUUCAGUGGUAUCUCUAUUGAUUUGAUCUGCGCACGUUUAGAUCAACCACAAGUCCCCUUGUCGUUGACCUUAUCAGAUAAAAAUCUACUGCGAAAUCUGGAUGAGAAGGAUUUAAGAGCCUUGAAUGGUACCAGAGUAACAGACGAAAUAUUAGAGUUGGUUCCAAAGCCCAAUGUUUUUAGGAUUGCCUUAAGAGCUAUCAAAUUAUGGGCGCAAAGAAGGGCUGUUUAUGCUAACAUUUUUGGUUUUCCUGGUGGUGUCGCCUGGGCCAUGCUAGUUGCUAGAAUUUGUCAACUAUACCCCAACGCUUGCAGUGCAGUUAUAUUAAACAGGUUUUUUAUCAUUCUAUCAGAAUGGAACUGGCCACAACCGGUAAUCUUGAAGCCAAUUGAGGAUGGUCCUUUACAAGUCCGUGUAUGGAAUCCAAAGAUCUAUGCUCAGGACAGGUCUCAUAGAAUGCCUGUCAUUACACCGGCUUACCCUUCCAUGUGUGCUACACACAACAUCACAGAAUCUACUAAAAAAGUUAUUUUAAAAGAAUUUGAAAGGGGCGUGCAAAUCACUAAUGACAUUUUCUCCAAUAAAAAGUCCUGGGCUAACUUAUUUGAGAAAAAUGAUUUUUUCUUCAGAUAUAAGUUUUAUUUGGAGAUUACAGCGUACACGAGAGGCAGUGAUGAGCAGCAUUUGAAGUGGAGUGGUCUUGUUGAAAGUAAGGUAAGGCUUUUAGUUAUGAAACUGGAAGUGCUGGCAGGAAUUAAAAUUGCCCAUCCCUUCACCAAACCGUUCGAAAGCAGUUAUUGUUGCCCAACGGAGGAUGAUUAUGAAAUGAUUCAAGACAAAUACGGUAGCCACAAAACUGAGUUAGCAUUGAAUGCCCUCCAACUGGUAACAGACGAAAAUAAAGAAGGUGAGACUAUUAAAGAUAAACCUAAGGCGUACCUGACAACAAUGUACAUAGGCCUCGAUUUUAAUAUUGAGAACAAAAAAGAAAAAGUUGAUAUUCACAUUCCAUGUACGGAAUUUGUAAACUUGUGCCGAAGUUUUAAUGAGGAUUAUGGCGACCAUAAAGUAUUCAAUUUAGCGCUACGCUUUGUCAAGGGUUACGAUUUACCAGAUGAAGUUUUUGAUGAAAAUGAGAAGAGACCAUCAAAAAAGAGCAAAAGGAGGAAUGUAGAUGCUGGCCAUGAGACUGUGAAAAGGUCAAAGUCUGAUGCGGCUUCGUCAAGUGAUAACGUCAAUGGUACGACCGCUGCUGUUGACGUAAAUUAA